AUAACCUCUCCCUCAUUUACAGGAAGCUCUUCUGGGGAUAUGGCAAGUGGAAAUCUGUCAGCCGUGACUGAAUUUGUCUUCACUGGCUUCCCACAGCUCCAGGAUGGUGGCCUCCUGUACUUCAUCCCCUUACUUUUCAUCUACACCUUUAUUGUCAUUGGGAACCUAAUGAUCUUCUUUGCUGUCCGGCUAGACACCCGUCUCCACAACCCCAUGUACAACUUCAUCAGCAUCUUCUCUUUCCUGGAGAUGUGGUACACCACGACCACCAUCCCCAAGAUGCUCUCCAACCUGGUCAGCACCCAGAAGACGAUCUCUUUUACCGGCUGCCUCCUGCAAAUGUACUUCUUCCAUUCACUGGGAAACACGGAAGGGGCCUUGCUGACCAUCAUGGCCAUUGACAGGUAUGUCGCCAUCUGCAAUCCACUCCACUACCUGACCAUCAUGACCCCCCGACGAUGCGCUCAACUUUCUGCAGGCUCUUGUGUCUUUGGUUUCCUCAUCCUUCUACCUGAGAUCGUGUGGAUUUCCACCCUACCUUUCUGUGGGCCCAACCAAAUCCAUCAGAUCUUCUGUGAUUUCACACCAUUAUUAAAUUUAGCCUGUACAGAUGCCUCUGUGAUCCUAGUGCAAGACGUGAUUCAUGCUUUGGCCAUUCUGAUAACGAGUCUGAUUAUUUCCCUUUCAUACAUCAGAAUUGUGGUUGUUAUCCUGGGAAUCCCUUCAGCGGAGGGUCGUAAGAAGGCCUUCUCCACCUGCAUUGCCCACAUUGCUGUGUUCCUGCUGUUUUUCGGCAGUGUGGCCAUCAUGUAUCUCAGAUUCUCUGCCACGUAUACGCCAUUCUGGGACACGGCCAUUGCUGUAGCAUUCUCUGUCCUUUCUCCCCUCUUCAAUCCCAUGAUAUACAGCCUCAGGAAUAAGGACAUGAAAGAUGCUAUUAAGAAGCUCCUUUGCCCUCAAAAGGUAUUUCAUGUACAUGGUAGCUAA